AUGCUUUUUUACGACAUCAACAACAACAAUAAUAACUUUAGAUUUGAAGUAAUUGAGAAAUCUAAAUGGCUUCUUAUCUACAUUAACAUCUGCUAGCUGGCUAUACUUUUUUCACUUUACAUUCUUUUAUUAGAUGAAUAGAGCUUAAUUUACACUAAGAUUUUCUUUUUUUUUAUAUACAUUACUCAUAGAUUACGAAUCUUUUUGCUUUAUCAAAAGAAUGGUAUCAUAGAAUUUUUAGAAUUACUUUUUUUGAUAGAAAUCAAACCAUUUAAGAAAAAUACAGAUAAAAAUAUAAAUUACAAAGAAUUUGAUAAAAUAUCUACCAUAAUACCUUGUAUAGUUUAAUUUAUCAUAGAAUUCUGCUUUAGAAAUAACUCAAAACCCUAAUAUUUUCUUUCCAUGACCCUAUCGAUUAUUCUUUUAUCAUAUCUAGCUCAUUAAAACUGGCUAAUGUCUUUAUAAUUUUCUCUAAUGAUUGUUAUUACCUUAAAAUUAUAGAGCUUGUUAUAUUUAUAAAUUGGGUUUUUAUUUCUUGUAGCUUUCUAUUUUUUUGAAUUGAUUAUGAUAUUGUUCUUCUAUGAAUUUGUUUUUAAACUAGUAAGGUCCAAAGAUAUAGACGGUAUAUUAAUUGGAUAUUUGAUUUCUAAUUUAUUGGGAGUUUGCUUAGUAACUUAAAAACUAAACAAGCAAGGUAUAAUAAAUUUUCAAAUGUAAAAGAUGUUAGUUGAAGUCUAAGGCUUUGUCAGUGUAAAUAAUCUAAUAUUCAGUUUUCUUUUUUAUAAAGAGAUUUCAUUAUUAAUAUAAAUUUUAAUAGUAGCUAUGUUACCUAUAAUGAUAUACUAAGUUUACUUUUUGAUAAAUUUUAUAGUUUAAGGUCCAUUCUUUGUUUAUUACGAAAUUGAUCUGCUAAAUUAUGAGGAUACACUAUAAAGUCUUAAAUCUUUAUAAUACUUUGCAGAGAUACAUUUCAAAAAUUUUACUGAAAUAAGAGCUUUAAAGUUCAUGAAAUAGUUUUUAUUUUUAAACCCAGAAUGCUUUUAUACUAUUAAAAUACUAAACAACAACACAGAUGAAUUGUAAUUAAACUAGAUGAUUUAACCCAUUUGCUAAUAAUAUUUUAAUAUAAAUGCUAAUUCUUCCUAAACUUUAAAUUUUUUUUUAGAAGCAUUUUACAUGUCAGAUAUAAUGUCUAAUAACUUUACACUUAUUAUUUUUUAUUAAAAGUACUAUAGGUAAUUUCCAUAGGAAUGA